AUGUUUAUUAAUUCUAUUAUUUCAUUAAAUUUAAUUUCUUUCGUAAAAAAUUACUUUAUUCUUGCAAAUGGAACUUAUACUCUUCACCCAAUUGAAAUAAAACCUGACACGCAUCCACAACAACUUUUUAGCACAAUAAAUAGAAUUGCUAUCUGCAAGCAACCUCUAAAUUAUGGAAAUUGCUCUAGAAAAUUACCUAGGUUUUAUUGGGAUGUGGAAAGUGGACAAUGUCUAAAGUUCUUUUACACGUAA